GCGGAUAAAUACCGCGAGUACUGCUUCACCGUGUACCGCAAGUUCAAUUCGGACAACACCGAUUCGUUCACCCUCAUCCACAUCAAGAGUCCGUUCCUAAAGAAGGCGGGGAAAGCUGUAAUCGGCAACAUUCCGGGUGUUUCGUGGAACCCGGCAGUAAUUGAUCCCCAAAUCCUGCUUGCCUGGCUUCCGUACAUGCGGAAACACUUGGACACGCUCAAGACGAACGAAGCGCCUACAGAGGAUGAGACGACUAUGAUUACUCAUCUGACCAUCCUGGUCGAGUUCCUCGAGUCGGAAUACCAGUCUACCCUCGAACAAGUGAGUGGUCUUGUGCCCCACGGAGAAGUCUCCUUCGAGCUUCUCUGGGCGAUCCUCCUCCCCCGUACCCUGAUGUACACAUCCUGCUCGACAACCGACCAGUCUCGCGCCGUUGAGCUGAUUGGCGCUGAGCUGCAUACCCCAUGGCCAUCACCGCACUACUGGGAACUCGACUGUCGAUAUGUCGAUUCGUGCGCUUCCAUGUCGGACGAGCACGCGAAAUUCGGCCAUGCGAAGAUGACCAUCCGCAUCCCGCUAUUCAAAGGUUCGGCAAAGAUCACAAGUCUGGCAGCUUAUCCGAUGAAAUUCCACACGCGGCAGGACGAGCUGCGUGCAAAGCUGAUCGCCCGUGGCAAGCGAUGGGUUCAGCUGGAAGGGAUGCACCAUCUUGCGUACGACGGAGUAUCAUUCAAGUUCGUCCAGGCGAAGAAGGCGAGAGUCACUGUGAGUGUCAAGGGGCGCGUCAUGAUCGACAAGAAGACGUUCAAGCGGAUCAACGCUAACUACCCUAUCCCUACUGUCGAGGGAUCAAAGGACAGUGAGGAGGACAGUUACGGUUACCGACGAGACGACGACGAGUUUGAUGAAGAGGAUAACGAGCGGGAAGAGAUCUUGCUGGUCAACGAGCUCAACGACGAUCAGCUAAUGCUGACUACUCCUAUCGUGUACGGGUUCAGUUUAGUUGACAAGGUUUGGCUGGAAUUCAACGUCGAUCAUGUUAAAGAGAUCACAUGGAACGACGCGGCAUUCAGUAAUCUCGUACUACCCCCUGCGCAGAAGGAGCUCAUCCAGUCCUUGGUUGAAGCGCAUUCCCAGAACGAGAAGUUCGAUGACUUCAUCGAGGGCAAGGGACAGGGUUUGAUCUUCAACUUGUACGGCCCUCCGGGUAUUGGGAAGACCAUGAGCGCCGAGGCAACGAGCGAGCAUGUCCGGAGGCCGCUGUACGUCGUGAAAUCGAGCGACCUGGGAAUCCAGGCCGAGCAACUAGACACGGCGAUCACCGAGGUCUUCGAUAUCGCGCAUACUUGGGGUGCCGUCGUCCUCCUUGACGAGGCGGAUGUGUACAUGGAGGAACGGUCGGUGCACGAUCUGGCUCGAAACGCUCUAGUUGCAGUGUUCCUUCGACAACUAGAGUACUUCCGCGGCAUCCUCUUCCUAACCACAAAUCGUGUCAAGACAUUCGACGAAGCGUUCCAGUCGCGUAUCCAUGUCUCGCUGAGAUUCAAGGACCUGGACCGUGCGGCGAAGCGGAAGAUUUGGUUGGCGUUCCUGAUUAAGGUCGGUCUCCAGCAGAGCGACCUGGAGGAGGAACAAUGGGAGGAGCUGGCACUGAAGAAGAUCAAUGGACGGCAGAUCAAGAACUGCGUCAGGACAGCCCAGGCGCUGGCUGUGAGCAAGAAGGACAAGCUUGGCUUCAAACACCUGAUCCAAGUCCUCACUAUUAUGGAUCAGUUUGAACAGGACUUUAACCAUCCAAUUGGUGGAGAGGUCCAGUUCUAUAACUGA